UUCUUGCUCUCACUUCCACCGACAAAAUUCAAUUGGCCAGCAUAUCUAAACGCACUGAAUUCGGAUGGCAAAACUGCUCUUCACAUUGCUUGUCGUCACGAUCGUCUUCUGGCCUGCGUAUCGAGCCCUGGCGUCACGAACAACUCUGGAGGCACACUCAGUAAUAAUAUUGGCAAUACCUCAAGCAACAGCAAUGCUGUAUUCAGCCCCACUACUAGUGUGAGCUGCAUCGGAACAAACACUGCUCCCGUCACGAACCUUGGCGUUAAUUCUAAUUCAGUAAAGCUUAGUUUGCCUGGUUCUGAUACUAGUGCCUGUUCUGGUCCUUUUCCUGGCGACGGAGGACCUCUUUGUUCUAAUUCAUCACUAUUUUCUUCGUCAUACAACGAAUCAUUCAUGAAUUCAGUAGUUAGGCCAACACAUUUCCCCUCCAUUGACAAUUUAUCAGACGUCUCAGAAGGCGCUAUAAUGGUUGGGUCUACAUUACAUAUGAGUGAGUCUACAAUGCUUGCUUUUUAUUUUCUCUCUUAA